AUGUCUUUAUCAGCAGAUUCGUUUAGAGAGUUAAUCAAAGAAAAACUUCAAGCUAGCUUAGUUCAAGUGGAAGAUAUGUCUGGUGGCUGUGGUCAAGCGUUUGCUGUUAUUAUUGUAUCUCCAAACUUUGAAGGGAAGAAUAAGUUAAUGAGACAUCGGUUGGUAAAUAAUGCCUUAAAAGAGGAAAUAGCCUCCAUACAUGCGUUUACACAGAAGGCAUUUACACCCCAAGAAUGGGCAGCACAAGAUGGAAAAUAG